AACAAACGAUGAAUCACGUAGUACAUAGAAGGGGAGGCUAUAGAAUAUAGAGAAGAGAGAGCACUAUAUUAGUUUCAAUUCUGAAGUAUUAAGAAUCAGAAGAUAUAUUGUUUUGUUUACGACAAAUAUUUUUUUUUUAAUUAAAUAAUAUAAUUUUAAAAUCAUGAAGUUAUUUUUGAUUUUAUUUAUAACAAUAUUUACAACAGCACAUGCUGUAUCAUUUUUUGAAUUAGUUAAUCAAGAAUGGAUGACAUUUAAGAUGGAACAUAAAAAAGUAUAUAAAUCUGAUGUUGAAGAAAGAUUCAGGAUGAAAAUAUUUAUGGAUAACAAACAUAAAAUUGCUAAACAUAAUAGCAAUUAUGAAAUGAAAAAAGUUUCAUAUAAAUUAAAAAUGAAUAAAUAUGGAGAUAUGCUUCAUCAUGAGUUUGUAAAUAUAUUAAAUGGUUUCAAUAAAUCAAUAAAUACUCAAUUAAGAUCUGAAAGAUUACCUGUAGGUGCUUCAUUUAUCGAGCCAGCAAAUGUAGUAUUGCCAAAAAAAGUUGAUUGGAGAAAAGAAGGUGCUGUAACUCCAGUUAAAGAUCAAGGCCAUUGUGGAUCAUGUUGGUCAUUUUCUGCAACUGGGGCUUUGGAAGGUCAACAUUUUCGACGAACAGGAGUAUUAGUUUCAUUAAGUGAACAAAAUUUAAUUGAUUGUUCUGGAAAAUAUGGUAAUAAUGGAUGCAAUGGAGGAUUGAUGGAUCAAGCUUUUCAAUAUAUUAAAGAUAAUAAAGGUUUAGAUACAGAAGCUUCUUAUCCAUAUGAAGCUGAAAAUGAUAAAUGCAGAUACAAUCCAGCAAAUAGUGGUGCCAUUGAUGUUGGUUACAUAGAUAUCCCAACAGGAGAUGAAAAAUUACUUAAAGCAGCAGUUGCUACUAUAGGUCCAGUUUCUGUUGCUAUUGAUGCUUCUCAUCAAUCUUUUCAAUUUUAUUCAGAAGGUGUUUAUUAUGAACCAGAAUGUUCUUCAGAAGAAUUAGAUCAUGGAGUAUUAGUAAUAGGAUAUGGUACUAAUGAAAAUGGUCAAGAUUAUUGGCUAGUAAAAAAUAGUUGGGGUGAAACGUGGGGUAAUAAUGGAUAUAUCAAAAUGGCUAGGAAUAAAUUAAAUCAUUGUGGUAUUGCUUCUAGUGCUAGCUAUCCUCUUGUUGGUUCUAAAGGAUUACUUUAAAAGAAGUAGAGAUAACACAACAUAAAAAGUGGAAAAA